AUGCGUGUGCCUUCCUGUGCGCCCCGCUUUCCCCGGGGCCGUGGCUGGCAGCCUUUUGAAAGUGUUUUCUGGAGAAAAGCUGAGCAAUGGUUUUGCCAUGGGCGGGCCUUUGAUCUCCUCCUCACGCUGGCCCUUUAUAUAUUGCCGGGUGGCCAUGGCGAACCCAUCAAGCUCCAGAGGCCACGAGCAGAGCAGGUUUCUCUCCAGCCUCUCACCGUCGUCGUCGUCAUGAUCUUCCACACAGCCUUCUGGCAUCCUUCUCUUUCUCCAGGACCAACGAAGCCUGCCCUGGUGCUGCUCUGCUGCAUGGGAACCUGGCUGGCCAUCUGCAGCCAACCCUUUGGUGUACCAACAGCAAAGAUACUUAAACUCUUGAAAUGGGACUUGGAGGAGCUUUAUAAAAACUAUAGCGAAUACCAGGAGCCUGGGAUGAAAACUGACGAGUCUCUCCAGCUGCCCUGUUUCACCCCGGGCUGCGAAGCGUCAGCCAACAUCUCAACCAUCAAAGCCUAUCUGGAGGAGGUCGAGAGGCUGAACGGGAACAAUAUAAGCACGGCUCAUAUCAGAAAAUGGCUGGACGACAUCAGCUGUUCCGAUCCACCGAAACCAAGCAUUUCUGGGCCCGAAGACUUCUAUGAACGUAAAAUCUUUACACUGACUGUCUUUAAGAGGCUCUCAGACUGCAUGACAAAAUUGGGGGCUGAGAAUAAUACAUCCGGAGUGAUGGGGUAGAUAGAGCUCUAGGGAAGAAUCCCAGCAUCCUCAGCAGCACCUGUCCUCAGAAAGCUGGCCUUGCAAUGCUGGAAUUAACUCGAAAGAGAUUGAGCCAUUGUGACAAGCUUUGUUAUUUAUGAUGUCUUUAUUCUGUCCACCGAAACCUUAGUCUUCUGCCCUUGCGGGGGCCGGAAGU